GCUGUGAUCAGGUUACGUCUUCUGCAAAUUGUGGUGUGUACCUGAUACUUUCAGGAAUGCUUGGAUUUGUAUCGAAUAACAAAGAGUCCCAACUAUCUUAAAAUUCCAAGCAUUUGUCUAUUUUGCAUCUGUCUUUCAAGCUAUGUCAUGUGGUAUCCACUAUUUAGCUUCUGUGUUCAUGGCUGUUACUCCUAACUUUGUAUGUGAUAUCCCUGGAAAUGUGAGCAGGGUUCUCUCCUACAACUCCUCUGGAUCAAGUAUAGAGGAUAUCUGGACACUAUGGACAUCAACAGAAAAUUACAUUGUGGUCCAGCUGGAAAAUGGAGAAACUUGGGAGCUUAAACAAUGCAGCAAGUCCAAACGAGAAGACAGUUCAGAUCUCACGUAUGAAUACAGGGGCAACAAGUCGGAAUUUUCUUGUUCCGAUGGAUUUCUCUAUGAUCAUACAAAAUGGAAGAGCACUAUUGUUACAGAGUGGGAUCUGGUCUGUGACCAAGAAUGGCUUGCAAAAUUCAUCCAGCCUACAUUCAUGCUUGGAGUCUUGAUUGGAGCAGUGAUUUUUGGUGAUAUUGCUGACAGGAUGGGAAGACGGCGUGUUAUUUGGUUCGCAAGUGCUGGCCAGUUUGUAUUUGGUGUUGCAGUAGCAUUCACAUUUGACUACUACAGUUUUGUGGUUGUGCGCUUUCUCCUUGCUAUGGUUUCAAGUGGCUAUCUGGUUGUGGCUUUUGUUUAUGUGACUGAAUUUGUUGGCACUAAAGCUCGAACCUGGGCUUCUAUGCAUGUCCAUGCUUUUUUUGCUGUGGGCGUGAUGGUUGUGGCACUCAUGGGAUUUUUGGUUCGGACCUGGUGGGUCUAUCAGAUAUUUCUCUCCAUAACAACUCUUCCCUUUGUCUUGUGCUGCUGGAUGCUCCCAGAAACACCUUUUUGGCUACUGUCAGAGGCAAGAUACGAAGAUGCACAAAAAGUAAUUGAUAUAAUGGCAAGAUGGAACAAAGUAAGCACUCCUUGUAAGAUCUCUGAACUCUGCUCAGUCCAACAAGACCAUCUAGGCAGUGACAGAACGGGUGAUAAUGAUGUAUCUUCCAUGAAGAAGCACAACAUCCUAGAUCUGUUUUGUAAUUGGCCCAUUGCAAGAAGGACCGUUACAGUCUGGCUGGUCUGGUUCACUGGGAGUUUAGGAUACUACGUGUUCUCCCUGAGUUCGGUCAAUCUAGGAGGCAAUGAGUAUUUAAAUCUCUUUCUCAUAGGUGCUGUGGAGUUGCCUUCCUAUGUCAUUGCUUGCAUUGGGAUGGACAAACUGGGAAGGAGAAACACACUCAUUCCAUUCCUUUUGUCAAGUGCACUGAUUUGUGUUUUAAUUAUGUUCAUACCUCAGGAUUUCAAUAUAUUAAUCAUCUUAGCAAAUAUGGCUGGAAAGUUCUCAAUAGGAGUGGCAUUUGGCCUUAUUUAUCUCUACACAGCUGAACUGUAUCCAACAAUUGUAAGGUCACUUGCUGUUGGAAGUGGGAGCAUGAUGUGCCGUGUAGGAAGUGUAGUUGCUCCUUUCUGUGUAUAUCUAAGAAGCGUCUGGAUUUUCAUGCCACUUUUGCUUGUUGGAAUCAUGGCUCUUCUGAGUGGAAUAUUAACAAUAAUGCUUCCAGAAACUCUUGGAAAACCAUUGACUAAUACGUUGAUGGAAGCUACAGAGUUGGGAAGAAACAAGGAAAACUGUUCAGGGGAGACUCCUCCAGAAAAGAUAGAGAUGUUUGGUCAAGAAACAGCCAACACUGAGAAAUAAAGCAACAGCAAAAUGUCCUUUCCUGAUUUUCAUAACUAUAUAAUUCUUAAGGUCAUUUUAGUCAAGAAAUGUGACUAUAGUACAAUGUCUGUGCCUUUUAAUCUGUAUCCAGCCUUUGGUUUUCAAUAGAGCAAGUAUACAAAGCCUUUUCCACAUGACUCAGGUACUGUAGAAAUUUUGAUGG